UAUUCCCCAUUAAUAUUUUGUUUUUGUUUACCGUAUCGAGGGAGACCAAAAAAUGGCUACCGCGCACAUGUAAAAUGUAAACAUGGACAGAAAACCAGGCCAUUUGACUAAAAAUGCCCAGGAUGCCGUGAAUUCCUUGGUGUGGAUAAAGGUUGUAGGCAUUGGAAAUGGAUGCGUUGGGAAAACCUGUCUUAUCAAACAUUUUUGCGAAAGCAAAUUUAGCGGUGGGUACCAGCCAACAGUUGGUGUAGAUUAUGGGUUUAAAAUUCAGCACGUGGAGGGGGUUGACUUAAGAGUACAUCUAUGGGAUCUCUCUGGCAGUCCAGAAUACAUCGAUGUUAGGAAUGAACUAUAUAUCAACACAGACGCCAUAUUUCUUGUUUUUGAUGUCACAAAUUUGUCAACAUUUGAAAAUAUGGAAAAUUGGCUGAAAGAAGUGCAAAAAUACUCAUCCGGAAACCCUGAGCUUAUUGUCGUUGCCAACAAGAUCGAUUUGAAAGCAAAAAGAGUUGUUAAAUCAGAGGAUUCUAAAAAAUGGGCCCAGCAAAACAACGCAAAAUACUAUGAGACUUCUGCCGCCUCUGGAGAGGGUGUGGAUAGACUGUUUAAUGAUAUGCUGACUGGGCUGAUAGAACGGAAGAAGCUGUGGAAAGCCAAGUCAGCAAACCCCAGCAUCUGAAUGAUGGAAUUUCGCGAAAACAAACGCAAGAGCUAGGACUAGAUUGAUUGUGAAUCACGUGAUCAUGGUCACCGUGAACGUUUAGUGUUCUGUCCAAGUUUGUUGUAAAACGUGAAAGCAGUAUAUUUCCUGUAUAUACAUUGUAUGUCUUUAUAUGAUAACGAUAUAUGUACAUGUGUUAACCAAAUGCCAGUGACGUGCUUGCCUGUAAUCCAUGGGUUUGACCAAUUUGCAAUACACUGCUUUAUACAGAUCAAACCAAAUAGUAUGCCAUGUUAAUGUACAAAUACAUAUGUAAUGCAUUCGUGUUUAUCGUAUGUUGAAAAUAAAAUGAAGAAUUGGUC